AUGAAGACAAUUUUUGUCUUUUUAACUCUUGCAGUUUUGGUUUCAUCAUUUUUCAAAAAACUAUUUUUACGUGCAUCAAAUAUUAUGAUAAAAUCUAUUUCAGAAGGAAAAUCUCAGUUUUCCGGCCCUGCAUUAAGCCCUAAUAUUGAUCCAGCAGACGAACAUAUUGGACACUCUCCCGAAGACAUGAAAAUUAUUUUUUGCCAACAAUGUGCAUUUCAUUGUAUUGAGAAAAAGAAGAAUAUAGCUCAUUGUGAAAAUUCUAUUUGUCGUUGUACAUUGGAAGACAUUUUGUAA